AUGACAACCGUAGACCUCAAAGAGCUUGGCUAUCAAGAUGAACCGUUCGUCCUAGACAAAGAUGUUACUCAAGUUUUCUAUAUGAAGGAUAUGUCCAGCAAACCCAAGAAUGACAAGUCUAGCAAAUCAAUGAAGGAGAAGUCAGAAGAUGAUGAGCCCAAGUGCCACAUAGUUCUGGCAGUCUAUGGUGACAACGUGUUCCGUCGCCGGUUCCGAAUGCCCAAAGCAAUGUUCAUUGAUAUUUGUCAUGGUGUCGCAGAGAGUAACCCAUACUUCCAGAGGACAUCCAACGCCGUCGGCCUUCCAGGUUUCUCCACAAUUCAGAAGGUAACAGCUGCAAUAAGGAUGCUAGCAUAUGGAGGCUCUGCUGACCGUUUAGAUGAGUACAUUCGUAUGGGUGAGAGCACAAUCCUAGAAACUGUGAGCAAGUUCACUCGGACCAUUGUUGAAAAAUAUGGACACAUCUACCUGAGACAACCUAAUGCACAGGACAUUGCUAGGCUCCUCCACAUAGCAAAAGAGCGAGAUUUUCCUAGGAUGCUUGGGAGUAUAGAUUGCAUGCACUGGGAGUGGGAGAAGUGCCCUACUGCUUUACACGAUCAGUAUUGA